AUUCUUAAUUCUCUUUUUCUUAUCAAACAAAUAUGUUUUGGGGAGCUCAUAUUCAUUCUGGAAUUUAACAGGUUGGUCAGCUUUUGGAGGAAAAAACUCAAGGUGGUCAUUCAAGAAAAGGUUGUUGUUGAAGAAAGAAAAAGGUGAUAAUGGAGUAUGAAAUUUUAGGUUUGGUCCUAAUUUUAAUUGCAUGGGUAGCAUGGGCUAUGGUGACCGAGCGGCAACAACGGCGGCUGGAAGAAUACGGGCGGCUGCCGCCAGGACCACGGUGGUGGCAACUAGUGACCAACAUUUUUCAGUCAGGUUUUGCACCUCAUGUAUCAUUUGCAAAACUGGCCAAUAUACAUGGUCCUAUAAUGACUCUUUGGUUAGGUUCAAUGAGCACUGUGGUUAUUUCUUCAAAUGAAGUGGCACGUGAAAUGUUCAAGAAUCAUGACAUGGUGCUUGCAGGUAGAAAGAUUUACGAAGCCAUGAAAGGAGAUUUUGGAAAUGAGGGUUCACUCAUCACUAAUCAAUAUGGUCCACAUUGGCGUAUGUUAAGGAGAUUAUCCACGAUGGAGUUCUUCGUUACGAGUCGCCUCGACGCCAUGAGAGGUGUACGUACAAAAUGCAUUGAUCAAAUGGUUAAAUUCAUGGAAGAUGGAGGGAACAAUGGCACAACUUCCAUUGAUGUUGGGAGAUUCUUUUUCUUAAUGGCUUUUAACUUAAUUGGAAACCUUAUGUUCUCAAAGGAUUUAUUGGAUCCAAAAUCGGAUAGAGGUGCAAAGUUCUUUUACCAUGCAGGAAAAGUUACCGAGUUUGCAGGAAAACCUAAUAUGGCAGACUUUUUUCCUAUGUUGAGAUGGCUUGAUCCACAAGGUAUUAGGAGAAAAACACAAUUUCAUGUGAAAAGAGCAUUUGAUAUCGCAGGUGGAUUUCUUAAAGAAAGAAUGGAAGAUAUGGAAAAUGGUGGAGAGAGGAAGAAGGAUUACUUAGACGUGCUUCUUCAAUAUCGUGGUGAUGGCGUGGAGGGUCCUUCUAGAUUUUCAUCUCGAACGAUUAAUGUCAUUCUUUUUGAGAUGUUCACAGCAGGAACAGAUACUACUACAAGCACAUUAGAAUGGGCAAUGGCAGAGCUCCUCCACAACCCUACCAGCCUCCAAAAAGUCCAAGCUGAGCUAAGAAGAGUUAUUAACCCCUCGAAUAAGGUAGAAGAAGAAGACUUAGACAAGCUUCCAUACUUAAACGCGGUGAUCAAAGAAACCCUAAGGCUUCACCCUCCGCUUCCAUUCUUAGUCCCACACAUGGCCAUGGAUUCUUGCACAAUGUUAGGUUAUCACAUCCCAAAAGAAACUCAAGUUCUUGUUAACGUUUGGGCGAUAGGAAGGGAUCCAAAGACUUGGAAAAAUCCACUAGAAUUUAUGCCUGAGAGAUUCUUGGAACUUAAGAUGGUGGAUUAUAAAGGUCAACAUUUUGAGUUUAUUCCGUUUGGUUCUGGUAGAAGGAUGUGUCCUGCAGUUCCUCUUGCUUCACGUGUGUUGCCUUUGGCUUUAGGGUCAGUAAUGCACAAGUUUGAUUGGGUUUUAGCUGAUGGGGUGAAGCCAGUGGAUUUGGAUAUGUAUGAAAGAAUGGGAAUUACUUUAAAGAAAGCAAUUCCAUUGAAGGCUAUACCUAUUGCAUACAAAGGGUAACAAGGAAAAUCACUAAUAAUAAUGUACAUUGAUAUGUACAAAGGGCUAUUUCUAAGAUACUAGAUUGUGAUGAGGAAAAAAGCUGUGUAAAAACACAAAAAGAAAAAGGACAAAAGAGAAUAAAGAUAAUUUACAAUGUAAUUAAAUUGUAAUGUAUCAUGUUGAGCAAGAUGCAAUAUGUUAUUUUUGGCUUACUUUGAGAUGUCCUUAUAUACAUUUGUAUACUUGCUAGACA